GUUUCCAUUUGGAUAUCUAUAAAAUUUUCAGUUAAAGAAUCGAUCAGGAAGCCGAUUCGUAUUGCCGGGAAGAAGAUAUUGCAGAUACGGGAUGGAUACGAGCGAAAUCUCGUUGAACAAAUUCGAGCUUGGUGAAAGCGACACGGCGAUCUUUGCGAAAAUAUGCAUCGCCCGGAGGAGUUAGAGGAAAAAGAUAUAGAGAAGGGCUGCCGUGACAACAUGAACAAAUGUUCGUCGUGCAUAUAUAUGCUUCUCCGUUUGCUCUUGUUCUAUUCCUGCUCUCGCUAUGCGCCUGGCUCUGCGUUUGCCGAUGGGGAUUCGGCUACAAUCUAAAAGACCGAGAAAUCGCCUAUUGCCUAGUGGCCUAUUUUAUCAUUAUCACAUUCCUGAACGUUGUAUUCCUGGGACAUAUACGAUUGUUCUACGAUUAUCCGCCGGAAGUGGUCGGUAAUUAAUCGGGUUAUCGAUAGAGUGAUAAUAGGCGACGUCAUCUUCUUGACGGCCGCUAGAUGGCGCUACUCAUACAGUUUCUGUGGCGACCGCCACCAGAGGUCCAACGGGACUCGCGCCAAUUCUCAUAGAGCCUCGAUCUAAGACUCCCCCAGAUGGCGCUACCAUCGAGUGCUGCAAGCGGGUUGGAAAUCGCAUCGCUGCGCGAGCGGGGCUUGAUUGAUCGCGUCUAACCUAACUUAAAAGUGGAACUGCUACGAUGGGUCUUUCACGGCACAUGCAAUUCAUCAGCCGUACGAUCUUCGUUCAGAACAACGACGUGGACAAGGCAUGCCGCUUAUUAAAUCGCAUAUUGUCCAAAGAAGACAUCUUCGGUCAGUAUAGGCGAACGAGGUAUUAUGAGAAACCGACUCAAGUCAGACGCAGGAUCAACUAUGAGAGGUGCAAGUCAAUCUACAACGAGGAUAUGGACAGAAAGAUUAAAUUUCUUCUACGCAAGAACAGAGUAGAUCCUUAUCCCGGUGCAUCGUAAGGUGCGGCAUAAGAUUAUCGUCUCAGAUUGUAUAAUUGUGAUAAAUUUGUCUAUCG